AUGGACACAAAAUAUGGAAUUGCGGCUUCGGCAUCGCUCGACCGCCUGCCUCGGGACAUUGUGUUCAACAUCUGCGACUAUCUCGGGAUGGACGAGAUGAUCAGCCUCUUCAAAGUCAAUUCCAAUUUGGCAAAAUUUGGUGGCAAAGAAAGGACCAGCUUCCUCAUCCACUACGACUGGACGCGUCGCGUCUGUAACGCCAUGCUCUGGGCCUGCGAGCACGGAGAUGUCACCUUCGCGUCCUCGCUUAUGAGCUAUGGUUACGACCUCGACCAAGUUGACUCCACUUGGCUGCGUGCCAGACGAAGAAUAGAGCUUCGCCCACCAUACAGACAUGAGCUUUCUGGAUAUCGGCUUCGGCAAGCCAUCGAUCUGUCUCUUCUCAACAAGGCCGUGGACUGCGAUCAGCCUGAUUUCGUCAGAUUCCUGUUCGAGAACGGAAAGGAAAGCGGAAACAAGCCGCUUGAGGUCAAGAGAUUCCCACCAGGAUAUAGCGAUUUCAACCAGGGCCACCUAAGUCUGCUUCACCUUGCACGCAGUGCCCACAUGUUGAGGCUUCUCCUAGCGAUAGAACCUGGUCUCCCUAUCGACGAUGGGCCCGUCACCAAAUAUGAGCCCCUUCUUUUGUGGCUUAUUGAGAGAGGCAUUGGCGUAGAGAGUCUUUCGGUGUUGCUCCACGAAGGAGCUCGACCUGACGGGGCGGUGCUUUCCUCUGAUUGCAUCCGUGUGCACUUCGAAGGCAACUGCUCCUUUUCAGAAAAGUCUAGGAGUCUCUCACCGCAGACCCCAAUCGAGGCUGCGGUCUACCACUCCAACCUCCCGGCUUUCCAACUCCUCUUCAACUGGGGUGCAGAGUUUGAGUACGCCGAAUUCGACCAUGUGGAGAUGGACCGAAUCAACCUCCAGUCCUACUUAGCCAUGUGCUUCUUCUCGACUAAAUCAGACUUGCAUUCGUCCUGUGAUAUAGCAGAGAAUAUCCUCAAGAUCUGUGUCUCGCACGGUCUUGACCUUCAGGCACCUUACAAGCGUCGACGUGGUGUGGACUUUGAUUCUGAACCAGGACAAGACACACUACCUGGACAUGCGCUUAUGCAUUGCGAUUCCGUCACCAUGCUAGAGGCGCUAAUCAGUGUUGGAAUAAGUUUCGACGUGCCCAUUACGCAGCUGUUCGAUCUCCAAAGCCAGCACAAGUUCCAUGGCCGCGAAUUAAACAUCAGAGAGAGUCACGACCCUGCUUUCUUACUGCUGCGGGUGUUUUUUAGGAGGCUCAAGGCUGACCCAACCUCUGGUGAUCCCAAAUUCGCGGACUCAUCCUUCUUUCAGUGCCUGAGGAGAAAGCUACAGAUGCUGCCACAACGAGAAGAGGGCGCUAAAGAACAGUCAAACCUCGAAUAUGUGGUCCAGUCCGCUCCAGCCUGUCGGCUUGAGGCAACGGUUCUGGCAGUUCUUGGCGCUUAUGGCUCAGCACGGCUGGAUAAGGGAUGUAUAAGAUUAUUGCUUCGCCGCACUUACUCUUGGGGAGGAACGCUGCAUACCAGCCGUCGUCUUGUGGAGACACUCAUCUGCGCCGGGGCGCCCAUCUACAGCCGACCAGACCAAUCUUCAGUACUUCGUCGCGCUUUUCAAAUCCCGGUUACACCCCGGUCUUUCCCUCAGACGCUCGACCUCGCCACCGGCAUCAGACCAGUCUUGGACAGGGAGAAGGAAACGGGGGUGCCGGCGCCAACCGCCGAUGAGAUCUGGCAGAGGCAAGACAACGCUGCGGCUAUUAUGAAUCUUCUGAUCGGCCACGGAGCUGAGUUGAAGGAUAAGGAGAUUUCUGCCGCCCGCAAAAGCGGUUGGGUUCCCCCUCCUGAGUCAUUUCAGUUGCAGCGGCUUUAUGCGGUGACUGGACCGAUGUCGUCGAAAUAG